AUGCCCACACCUCACGUGAAUGAUCUCGGCGAUAUCUCCGUCAUCCACGAUGCCCAGCAGUUCUGGUCAGGCAUGUCAAUCUCCCUUGCUUCAACGAUACGACUCCUUCUGACUUGUGUACUUGCAGAGCUCGAAGACAUGCUUUGUAUUCCAGAGAAUCCUUUGCUCUCUCAGCUAGACGGAACAUUGCGUCUGCUCAUCACAUUUUGUGCUGCGUACGACGAGCAAUAUCUGCAAUUUCCUUCGCAAAUAGACCACGCCUGCAACCUGAUCCUGUCCUCGGAGCUGUUUGUUUUCCACUCGGAGCGGAUGUGUGAGCUUAUGGUGGAGGACGCGCAGACGAACACGGACCCGCAUUACGAAAUGAUCCUGUAUUGCGUCAUCCUAGCCUUCGGUCGUCGGAGUGCUGCUUUGCAUCGUUCCCAGAAACGUUGGCGCGCUCUGUUGCCCCUUCUCAUGGACCAUGUUCGUUCAGACGUUGACCCGGAGACCGACUGCUAUAGUGCUUCAGAAUCGAGUUUAGGUGCGACGCGUUCAACAGUCGUCCCCAUCGAAGUGAAGCUCCGGUCGUUGUCGGUACGGCUACUCUACGAGGUGUGCCACGUCCAGCAGAUGGCACAGCAAGAUCUUCGCAUGUUCGAUGAUGCGUUUAUCGACCAUUUAUUCGACUUGGUAGAGCAAACUCGAGCUGCGCACGAUGACUCUUUCAACUAUUCCGUCAUCAGGCUCAUAGUGGCUUUAAACGAGCAAUUCAUGGUGGCAUCUCUCCAGCCGCACUCUCCACAAACGCCUGCCCACGGAUCCAUGGAACAGCGCUCGAAGAGACCGGGGUCGACAAAUCGCGUGCUAUGCACUCUGAUGUCUCGUCCCUCAUCUAGUCCUACUUUUGGAGCGAACCUUGUCUUCAUGCUCAAUCGUGCCGAUCGGACACCAGAGGACCUAUGCAUGCAACUGCUCGUGCUCAAGCUGUUGUACCUCCUUUUCACGACGAAGGGGAUGGCGGAGUUCUUCUACACGAACGACCUGUGCGUGCUUGUCGACGUUUUCCUGCGGGAGAUCGGAGACAUCGACGAGGAGAACGAAUCGUUACGACACUCGUACCUGCGGGUACUGCAUCCAUUGCUUACGAAGACCCAGCUCCGCAAUAUACCGUACAAGCGCCCACAGACCGUCCGUGUUCUCGAAUGUCUUAUCGAGAACGAAUCCAUCAGGGACGUCAACCCCACCACCAAGCGUCUCGUCUCGCGGUGCAUGAGCGGAGGGUGGUGCGUCCAGCUCUGCAAGGACAGCCCUUCAACGUCGUCGGUGACAGACCCCCGCAAGUACACCAUCCACGAAGAGGGAUCUAAGCGUGACGACAGCCCAGGCCUGAAUGCCGUCUUGGUCGCACCUCCGCCUAACUCCGCAGGAGCUAUUGCUGGUGCCGCGAACCGUCAGCUUGGACGGAUGAGCUCAAUGCACGGGAAUCUCUCCAAGGCGAGCAGAAGACCGGAGCAUUUGCCUCUCCCGUCACCGUCGUCCUCAGCAUCAGCGAAGCCCCGCCCCGCCUCCAGCCAAUCUGCCCCAUACGCUGCAAGCGGCCGAAUGGCACCCCCAUCCACAUCCCACCACCUUCACUCCCGUGCGCGGAAGGGAUCGGGCGCCGCGUCCACCGUUCCUCAUCACCUCGCGAGCGGAGACAGCGCGUCGAGCCUCCCACACGUCGCCGCCACCACGUCGUCCUCGGUCUCAGGCACCCAUCUGCCGCGCUUCCGCGCGCGCUCGUUGACCGUCGGGCCCACGACGCCCUCCUUUUCCGCGCUCUCGCUCGGGGACGGACACCCGCCGACGCCCCGCUCUGCCCCGCUCCCCGCCGAGGGGCCCGACGGCCUGCCCUGCCCGCCGUCGUUCUCCCGCCUGCACUCGUCUUCUUCGAGGUCGUCCCCGCGGCGCGCGCCCCCAGCCCCAGAUAUCCUCGUGCGCUCGCCGACGUCCCGCGCUGGCACGUCUCCGGCUCCCGGGAUCGUGCCGCCGACGCCGCCCGUAUCACCGCGGGGCUCGUUGGAGUCGACGGCGUCCGGGAAGCCGAGGCGCCCACCGCCGCUUCCGCCGAGAAAGACGCGUAGGAAACCGCCGCCCGCGCCGGUGCGUGUGCCGACCGUGGACGCGGUCGCGGGGAGCAACCGGCCAAACCUGGCGGCGGGGAUGGUGGGGACGGCGUCGGCGUGUUGA